CGCUAGCCUUGGCGCCGCGGCUCGGCCCGGAUGUUGUUGUUUCUUCCCCUCCCCGGAUAAUGACUGGCGCUUCCUGCCCCUGAGCCACAACGACGCCGGCUCAGCCUCGCCGGGGGACCCCGGGCGCCUGCCCGCUCCUUGUCCGGACAUCGGCUCGGCUAUGGCGGAUUUCGACGAGAUCUACGAGGAGGAGGAGGACGAGGAGCGGGCGCUGGAGGAGCAGCUGCUGAAAUACUCGCCCGACCCGGUGGUGGUGCGCGGCUCUGGCCAUGUCACCGUAUUUGGACUGAGCAACAAAUUUGAAGCAGAAUUCCCUUCUUCUUUAACUGGAAAGGUUGCACCUGAGGAAUUUAAAGCCAGCAUCAGCAGAGUUAACAGUUGUCUUAAGAAGAACCUUCCAAUUAAUGUUCGAUGGCUACUUUGUGGCUGCCUUUGUUGCUGCUGUACAUUAGGUUGUAGUAUGUGGCCAGUUAUUUGCCUCAGUAAAAGAACACGAAGAUCGAUUGAGAAGUUAUUAGAAUGGGAAAACAAUAGGUUAUACCACAAGCUGUGCUUGCAUUGGAGACUGAGCAAAAGGAAAUGUGAAACGAAUAACAUGAUGGAAUAUGUCAUUCUGAUAGAAUUUUUACCAAAGACACCGAUUUUUCGACCAGAUUAGCAUUUGCUUUAUUUAUAGAGACUUACCCAAGUAUGUUGUCUUUCCAAUGGUGCCUUGCUUGGUGCUCUCCUGGUGGUGAUAUAGCAUUGGUUCUACAGAAUAUUGUGGUGUUUUUGUUCUUUGUUUUUUAAUAACAGCAUGUUCUAAGUGCAUUUUGUCAAAAUUUGCAAAAGUCAUUUCAUGCAAAUGUUAAGUACUACUUAAGUUAUUACUUGUACUUAUUAUGUUUGCUAAUGUAUCUUGAUUUUCAGAGAGUCUUUUAUAUGUGUGUAUAUAUACAUAACAUAAAUAUACAGCUGAAAAUAGCCUACAAGCGAGCAGAUUUUUUUUAAUCCAUAAUAACAUAAUGAGUUGACUGUAAAUUGUGGAAGUUCUUUUAAUCUUUUAUCUGUUUACCUAAGUAACUUCUAUGACCCUCUCCAGAUUUUGCCCUUGACAUUCUAGUUGUAUAUUUUUAUUCACCCCCCCUUUUUUGGGGGCUGGGGGGAGCGAAGGGAAUAUCAGCCAGCCACCUCUACUGGGAUAAUAAGCAAUGCUUGUUUGAAACUGUCCAUUUUGGAACCCAUAUGUCAAUGCACCAUUAGAAGUCUCUGUGCUCUUUUGUGAAGAAAUCUAUCAGCUGGUUCUGAAGAAGUUCUACCUUAAAAGUUAAUAAACCAGAAUUCGAAGUAUUUUACUCGGACAAAAAAAUCAUGGAAAGGUUUGCAUGCAUCUAAUACUUACUAGAGCUCAGGAUCACAAAAAUACAUUAGUAUUGCAACUUAUAAUGUAUAUAUCUUAAUUCAGGUUAAUGCCAUGUAACAGCUUUACUCUUUACUUCUUAUUGUUUACCAGAUCUUGUACACAAAGGUGCAAAAAUAUUUGUUUCAGUAAAUUUAUUGUCCUAAGAAAAUCUUUUUAGGGUUUUUUAGGGUUUUUUUUAAAUGCAUUUAUAACCUCACAUAGGCAGUUGUUUGAGAGAAAUCUUGAAAAAUACAGUUCCAGACACAAAUGCAGAUGGAUGCCAUGUAUCACAAAAUUAGUCAAAGCAAGGGUACACUGGACAAUAGUGAGAACUUAAGAAAUGCAUUGGAUAAAUAUUUAUUGCAUCCUGAUUUCUUCUCAUUUAGGUUUACAAGGUUUAUUUUCUGCACAAAUAUUUAAAAAAAACCUGGAUAUGUGAUGUAUGCUUGGGUCAGGCCAGUUCUAUUUCAUUCUGUUACUUAUCUCACUUGGUUGUACAUAUCUUCAUAUAUGGUUGUUUUUAAUAGCUACCCAGUAAGCUUAUUUUUUAGUUUGUUCUUUGUAUAUCUGGAUUUACCGUACAUGAACAUUAAUGUAUGCUAAGAAACUGUUCCUCAUACAUCUGUGGUAGCAAGCAAUAAUGUGAAUUACUAUGACAAACAAAUAUACUCUGCUUAAUAUUUGUAUGAAUGAAAAGUUGAUGUCACUACAUGAAUACCUUUAUCUUUUUACACUUUUUAAUACAAAUUUCAUUUCUCAUUAAUAUAUUCAAGUACCUGGAUGUUAUGAACUAUUUUUGUAUACAUCUUCAAAAUAGUUAUUCUCGAUAAAUCAUCACUAGUGAAUGUCGUAUUCAUUGUUUGAUAUUGGGAGCUAUCUAGAAAGGUCAAGGGUUUUCUCUGAAUUAUCUUAAUCUGUGUUCUCUAUAUAUGCCCCAGAAUAGAGAUCUUCCAUUACUCAGCUUUUAUCUAUUGAAGAAAGGAGCUCUUGUGUUUUUUGUGUAAGCUGCAGGUAUGUUUUACUGUUAUCAAAGUUCUCAAUGGACUGUAUAAAAUAGCUCUUUCGUAGAUGUAUUGUUGAGUAUCUGUCAUCCCUUCCAGUUCUCCAUUGGUAUUUCAUUGAUGAAGAAGUGUCUGAGUGGCUGAAAGAUUUUCACUUGAGGCAUAUCUCUUGUAAAGUUCCUAUAUGUGGUAGGUACUACCCUGUGUUAACACAAGAGCCAUGACUGCUCAAGGUGUCAAAUUUGUGUUAACCAAUGGAUGUCAGCCUAAUUUUAUCAGACUUUGCAGCUCAUUUUUGAAACUUCUGUAUCACCCUUUGAAUAUCUGUUGUAGAAGUCCAAGUUAGAGCUUUUGUAGAUCAGAAACUUUGGAAAUUCCUUGAUAUGAAGGACAAGUCAAAAUAUAUGAAAUGGCCUAAGAAGCAGUUCUCAUCACACUCAAUGUCUCUGACUUGGGUUGGCCUCCAGAGACACUCAGGAGUUUUGGAUCAUUGAGGCAGUUAUGGCUGAGCAAGAUUUUUAAAUCUUUGUGGUUUCUCCUGUCAAAGUAGACCAUUCAUCCAGUAGUAGCUAUAAAACUUCUUUACACAAAUCCCUUAACCCCUGAACAAAAAUCGUAGAAAUUGGAGAUGGAAAAGACCUUAAAAAGUCAUCAAGUUAAUCUCUAUAGCGAUCAGUAGGGAUUUUUUUAAAACAUAAUUUCUAGUGUUUUGUCCACUAUGCAGUAUGUUUAUGUGUCUCUAGCAAUGGUUUCAUUUCCUACUAGUCCAACUACCAAAAUUAAACAAUUUAUAGUUUGGGCAGGCCACAAGACAAUGGUAAGGCGAAAAGGGAAUUAAAAUGCUACUUUCUUUUGCAGGAUAUUUUCAGGUUGCCCUUCUAUAAUUGAAAAGCAGUUAACACACUAGACUAGUCUGUGUGUUAACUGCUUUACAGUUGUAAAGGAUAGCCUGAAAAUAUUCUACAAAAGAAAAUAACCUUUCUGAUUCCUUUUAACUAGUUAACUUUGCUUGAACUGUGAAGGCUGGAUAUGCACUUAAGAUUUAUCAUUUGUAUUCUUUUUAAUUAACACAGUAUCUAGUUAUGCCUAUUUAACCUUUAGCAUGAAACACUGGUGCUAAGAGCAUCAAUGACUGUAUUUGAAAGUUAUUUUAGGUAGUUGAUUGUAAAUGCAGUUGCCUUUAAUUGUUUGGCCAGGAUUUCUCUUUUUUUCCAUGGUAUAAGCAAAAAAAUCAGUUAUCUCCAUCAUCAAAAGAUGCACUGUAGUUAUUGGGGAAAGGUUCCCACUCCAGAGGGCUCUGGAUCAGGCCCUAAAUGAGAAGUCCUGAUGAUAUAAUAUAUCUGCAAGAACCCUUAGCAGUUGGCCAUUGGCCAUUCGAAGCUUUGAGUGCGAUUUGCAGUAAACUGUUAAUCAGAGGAGGGAAUCUUUAUAGAUAAAAGUUACAUAAAGCUAGUAAGCAUUUCAAAAUCCCUUUGGUUAAGGGUACUUUUUAAUAAAUUUUACAAGUAAAUUCAAGAGUCCAUUACAUCUAUCAGAAUAACAGAACUUUUCAUUACCAUAUGCUGUGAAUUCUGAGGACUUGUAGUAGUAGAGUUCUAAAUAUCAUAGGAAUGGGGUUAAACACUGUUUUUCCCCAGAUUGCAGCAUUGAAAUUGGUAACUAACUCAUGAUUUUUAUCACAAGCUCCUGGAGGCAGGUGAUUAGAUUAGAAUCUCAGCUUCUUUUUUUUUUUUCUUUUUUUAAGUAAAUUUCUAGCCUUCCUGUUUGCAGGUAAAAAGCUUGAAUGUAUGAACCUUAAGGGCUCAGAAACUAGAAGGAAAAGGGAAAGAACCCCACAUGUAUUUAUUUUUUUAAAUCAAGAGACAUUUAAACAAAUCUAUCUUUGAGGAGGAGUGCCUCAUUAUUUUUGAAUACUUGAGGUUGGUAAUCCUGCAGAUUGCUGAUCCAGAAAGCUUAAUACUGAACAAUUUAAAGAGAUUCAUACAUGGGACAUGUACCUCUUAAGUCUGAUAACCUGUGCCUGCAGGAAAAAACAGUGACGGGAAGGACUUUAGCAAAAAAGAAAAACACAAAAUAUAUAUAAUCAGUGGCUCUAGUCUACAUUUGAAAGCACUGCAUUUUUGUAAAUAAGGGCCUUCUUCCUAUCUGAGGUCAACAUUUUUAAUGUGAAGAAUACUUAAAAUCAAGCAGGGAUGCAUCCUAGUCUCAAAAGAUGUCUUGGUUUCAUUGUAGCAGCCCAGUAGUACGAGUGGUGCCUUCAACUGGCUGGCUUUGGAUCCCUGAUUAAAACCAAGUUCUUGCUUAGAUAAUUUGAUAUCAAAAGGACAGUGUUUCAGAAGAGAAAUCUGUAUUCAUCAUCAUUACUAAUUUGCUCCAAUUUCUGUGAUUCUUUCCCCAAAAGCAUCCUUCCCAUCCUGUUUAGUGUACACUAUAUAACAAUUUUGUUGGCCACGCUUAGCUGAAAAUAUAAUUCCUGAGGCAUUAAUAGGAAAGAUGAUAACAGCUAAUAGGCUGAAUGGGCCUGUCUACAUGAAGGCUUAUUUUACAAAUUGCUCCCCAGAAGGUUAGUUGGACUUUAGUAUGCAUGACCAUUUAAAAUGUAAUCAGCCUGUGGCCAAGGCAGCCCACUUCACUGUGUGGUGUGAGGAUGUUAAACACAAUGAGCAUUUUAGAUCACCAGAUAAGGAUAGAUUAAUUCCCUUGCUGUAAAUGCAGAACCUGAAUGUUUCCAGGGAAGACUAGUUCCACACCGAAAUGCUUUCCAUAUGCUUCCCUUUUCUAUGACAGGUAUGUCUGCAAGCUGGGUGAGCCAGGAUUUUCUGCUCAUGAUGAAUGCAAAUGUUCUUUUUGCUGGGAAACUUAAUCAGUGGGUGCCAGUGGAAAAAAGUGCAGUGGAAGCAAAUGCUCUUGCUACUGUGUGAUGUGACUCAUGUCCCAUAUCCUCAGGUAAUGCAGUGUUCUAGUUUGCCACUAGAUUAAUAUAUUCAGUUUUCUUAGUAACAGCAUGUCAAACUUUGGACAUUGUUAUUGUCCACUGAUAUAGCAUAAUUCUUUGCCCCUGGAAUGAGAGUCAGUGUGAUUUGGUAUGUUUUGAGACUGGUUGUUAAAAAAAAAUCCUCUAACUGAGUUAUGUAUAUUAAAUUUAAUUUUGUCAGUAUAUAUCCCCACCACAUCACAGCUGGAUGAAAUGGAUUUUUUGUGACCUAGAUUGUUUUGUUUAAUUGGAAGACACUCUUUUAAAAGAUCAUCCAGGCUUAUUUCCUUUUAAUACUGCUUCGUUAAAAUCAGCAUGUCUUGGAGAAAAUGAAGUUACACUCUCCCAUUUACCCUCAGGAGUCAAGCAUUAGUGAAAGUUACAAUGAGACAAUGGUGCAAUCAAGGUAAUUGUAAUAAAAUUUAGUUAGGAAGGCAAGGUGCAAAAGUCUGAACAUUGAACUUGGUAACAGAACUCUGAGUGUACUUCAAAAUUGGUUUCUUUCUGUAUCAAACGGUAUUGAAGGAUGAAGGUUAUGUCAAGGCUAAUUGAAUCCCUUUCCUAAGCUUUUGUAGACAGUGUUCUAAUUCCCACUACAUUUUGGGUCUCCAGCAAGUGCCUCAUUAACCUUUUUGGCUGUGCCCUAAUUGAUAGAGAUUUUUGCCAGCUAUGCUACUUAUGAGAAACACUUCCACCUUAAAGAUAAAGCAUCUUCUACCUUUCCGUUAACUGGGUCUCUUUAGUUUAAAACUUAAGAUAUCUAGCUCAAAAAGGAAUCGUGGAUAAAAGUGAGGCAGCCUUAAUUACACACUGGUCUUUUCCAAAGCUGGAGCCUGUAAUACAUAGUUAAUUGUUUUCAAAGAAAAAUCUUAACUUGUGCAUACAGCUCCUGUCACGUGACAACAUAUAUAAAACCCAAGAGUUAGGAUCCAGUGAGAAUAGCUUAAAUUCAGGUAAAUUAAGUAGAUUUUGUAGCUGGUUGUCUUUUAUUGAAAAGGAACUGUUAAAUGUUCACCUUUAAGGGGCAGAUGUUACAUUUUUUAAUGGUCUUUGCAGUUUGUUUUUCUCUCUCUAAGAAAUAUUGAAAAUUACUUUGCCUCAAAUGUCAAAAACUAGAAUCAGUCGUAAUCUGAAAAUUUUGUUUCAAUCAUUUUUAUUUUGUAAAAAUGGGGUGGUUAAUCCAUUUUAUAGACUAUGCUUUAGCAGCCUUUUAUAAAUCAAAAUAUGGUGGUGCAGUGUAAUCCUAAAAUACUUUAAGGUGGGUCUGCGGAGGAAUUUUUUUAACAAGCUUUAAAAAUUAGUUGUGAUCUCUUAUGUAAUGGUUGCAACACACUGCCUAAUCCAUCAGAAUAUGCUUUGUAUAUUAAAAUAGAAGGGUUUUUUUCAGAGAGUAAAUUGUUUCAAGGAAAUUUGAGUAGUUCAGCUUUAAAAUGUGUAACUUAUUUGGUUUCCCUAAAAGACUGAAAUUUUGCAGUGAAAAUGCUGACCUAGGUUCAACUAAAAUAAAGACAAUUUACUGUAGAUUAUAUGGACUAAAUUAAUCCCUCUGUAACUCAGCUGAUUAAGUGAAGUUCUAGAGAGUUACCUUUUGGCUGUAUAUGGUUAUUAAAAUCCUGUGAAACACAUUAUAAAUCAGUAAUCCUAAAAAAUGACCUAAGAGAUCUGUCAAACUGGCCGAAUAAACAAACAUGUUAAAAUAACCACACUGCAUCAGUCUGUUUAAAAAAAAAAAAAAGGGCAAUAAAUGUACUUUACAUUAAGAUUUA